AUGCCCGCUCUGUCCCCGACCAUGACCGAAGGAAACAUUGCCACAUGGAAGGUCGGCGAGGGCGAGACCUUCAGCGCCGGCGAUGUCCUGCUGGAAAUCGAAACGGAUAAAGCGACCAUGGACGUGGAGGCCCAGGACGAUGGUAUCGUGAUGAAGAUUAUGGCGCAGGACGGGGCCAAGGCCGUGCAGGUCGGCACUCGGAUUGCAGUGCUUGCCGAGGCAGGCGACGACAUUAGUAUGCUCGAGAUUCCAGCGGACGAGCAGCAGCAGCAGCAGCAAAGUAGCAACGAAUCGGCUGCUGCGCCCGGGCGGGCCGAGGCCGUCCCCGAGAAGCAGGCCAAGCACACAGCAAGAGCGUCGACUGGGGAGUCUCAGGCGCAAAAGUACCCCCUGAUGCCGUCGGUCGAGCACCUCGUCAAGCAGAAUGGCCUGAGCAAGGACGACGUCGGCAAGAUUAUCCCCACGGGGCCAGGCGGCCGCCUGCUCAAGGGUGACGUGCUGGCGUACUUGGGCAGCAUCGACGCCGACAGUCCGGCCGCCGCGUCGUCGCGCUUUGACAGGCUGUCCCGCCUGGACCUGAGCAACAUCAAGGUCGCCGAGAGGAAGCACGCUGCCGCGGCGCCCGAGGAGCCCAAACCUCGCGAGCCAGAGCUGCUCCCCAUGGAAAUCAACGUCCCCGUGUCCCUCGGCAAAGUGGUCGAGGUCCAGGAACGCAUCCGAAAAACUCUGGGCGUCCUCAUGCCCCUUUCGACGUUCAUCAGCCGCGCUGCCGAAGUCGCCAACGACAACUUGCCUCCCGCCAAUCGCGCCCCCACCGCCAGCGAACUGUUUGAUCGGGUUCUCGGCCUGGACAAGAUCAAGGCAGCCAAGGGUACCCGUGGCGUCUACCUGCCGCAGAUUUCGGCCGUCCCCCCCGGCACACGGUUCGAGCCUCCGGAACGGUCGGCCACGAAGAUGGACAUUAUCGACGAGCUGGCCGCCGAGCCCACCAAGGUCGUCCGUGAGCGGGGCAUCCGUACCGUCCCUGGAUUUUCAAACGGCCUCAACGUCUUUAGUCUUGUUGUGCCGAGGGAGGAGGAGCACAGAGCGCACGUGUUUUUGGAGAGAUGCAAGGCCAUCCUGGAGAAAGAGCCCGGGAGAUUGGUGCUGUAG